GGCAAUCGAGCACUUGGGAGAGAGAAGUGGGGGAGGGAGGGAGAGAGAAAGAAAGAGAGAGAGCCCCUCUCUUGGGCUUUGAACUUGCUUCCUGUUCCUGUGAAAGAAAUGUAUUCUGAUUGGUUGUCAGAUUCCCACGGGGCCAUGCAGGCGUAACUUUGUAGGCUGUCUUGAGUCCCAGGCUUGGUUGAACCUUGCUGGGUGAUGCAAUCUUCCCAGGUGCCAUGUGUUGAUGGGUGGAGGAUGGCUCCUCUCCCAGGGGCAGAAUUGGUGAAGACCCCUCUAUAGCUGUACCGAUACCUGCUCCGUUGCUGCAGGGUCCUUCCUGAAAAAAACCUCCAGGAUCAUUACAAGCAUACAAUCCGACAGAGUUUCAAAGUUCAUGCCGAUGAAGAUAGUCCUGAGAGGAUUAAGCAGAUUAUUGAAAGGGCAAUCCAAGAUGCUGACUGGGUGAUGGACAAAUAUAAGAAACCAAAGUAAAGGAGAAACAGUUGGUGGAGAAAUGAAGAUUGUUUCUUAAAGCGAUUAGAUUGAAGAAACCAGUUUGUGACAGUAGGCGGUUCAUUGGAAGAGGAGAAAUUCAAUAAGGACUUCUUUGCUAUUGAAGGUCGACUUUUAAUAAAUAAGGGAUAAGCUGUCUAGAGCAACUGAUGUUUAGUAACUGAAUUUUCUGAGCUGAAAUAACAUGGUCUCUACAAGGCUUGGAGCAGGGGUCAUCAUGAAGUUGGGUUUCCACAAGAAGUAUUCAGUGUUUCCACCGGAUUUAGAUCUAUGGUCUGUUAUUAAUCAUGGUUUAUGUUGGUGGCAUGUUGGCAGCAUGCAGGAAAAUGGAUUAAUUUUGGACCGAGGGCUGCUCUUACCCUGGAAGUGAUAUUAAAAUCAAGUUUUGAUUUGCCUCAA